CAGCGCAACUUUACGACCAUUAUUACUUUCGGCUUAUUACACCGUCUCAUUUCUCCCCACAACAUUCACUCUAUCAGAAAGAAUCGCCAUGAUGGGCAUGUGAUUGUCGUUAAAAUGUCGGUCAUUCUUUGCACAGCUGGUUACGACCAUACGAUUAGGUUCUGGGAGGCCCUCUCUGGAAUCUGCUCACGAACCAUCCAGCAUCCCGACUCGCAGGUCAACCGGCUCUGCAUUUCUCCCGAUAAGCGGUUCCUGGCGGCUGCUGGCCACCACACCGUCAAGCUGUUUGACAUCCGUUCCACAAACCCCGCCCCGCUGCUCGAAUUCGAGGGCCACACCAACAAUGUCACCGGCGUCCAGUUCCACUGUGAGGGAAAGUGGAUGGUAACCAGCUCCGAAGACGGCACCGUCAAGAUCUGGGAGACGCGCACCGGCACUAUCCAGCGGAGCUACAAUCACGGCUCGCCGGUCAACGAUGUUGUCAUCCAUCCGAACCAGGGCGAGAUCAUCAGCUGCGAUAGGGGCGGCAGCAUUCGGCUCUGGGACUUGGCUGAGAACACCUGCGCCCACCAGCUGAUUCCGGAGGAAGAGGUCGCUGUCUCCAGUGUGACCGUGGCCAGUGACGGCACUCUGCUCUGUGCCGCAAACACCUCGGGUAACGUAUUUGUCUGGCAGCUGAUCCAGGCGAAUGAGCGAACUCAGCUCAUUCCCCUGACGCAUUUCUCAGCGCAUAAAGAAUACAUUACCCGGAUCCUCCUCUCCCCCGAUGUAAAGAAGCUAGCUACCUGCAGCUCCGACCAUACCGCCAAGAUCUGGCAGGUCACGGAGAUGGAGCCCGUCGGUCCCGACACCGAGCCCCGAGCGUUCCCGCUCGAAGCCACCCUGACGGGCCACCAGCGCUGGGUGUGGGACUGUGCCUUCAGCGCCGACAGCGCCUAUCUCGUCACUGCCUGCAGCGACCACUACGCGCGUCUGUGGGAGCUGCACACGCAGCAGAUCAUCCGGCAGUACAACGGCCACCACCGCGGCGCCGUCUGCGUGGCGUUGAACGACUAUUCCGAGGCACGCUAGGAGCUGCCCAAGGAAGAAGUCCUUCGCGUAAUGUCUGCCACCGAGAGACGCGCCUACAUCGAGGCUUUCAGACUCCUUCACUCCGGGUUUGAGGAGAAGCAGCCCCUGGAGGAGGGGGAGCAGUCCCUGGAG